AUGCGACGAGCAGUAGGAAUAUCAUCUCUCGAACGCACCUCUGCUACCAGUGCCUCCUAUUCUACUCUUUCCGAAUCACUCUCGGCUGCGACUUUGACAAACCUUCAAGCUCAGUUAUCUACCUUCCAAGCUGCCCUCAAAGCUUUUGCAUUGAAACAUGGUCAUCGAAUCCGAUCUGAGCCCGAAUUUCGAGCGACAUUCUCGAGAAUGUGUGCUGAACUUGGAGUAGAUCCGCUAUGUGGUGGACGUAAAGGAUUAUGGGAUUGGGUUGGAAUUGGAGAUUGGACAUUCGAAUUAGCGGUACAGGUAGUAGACAUAUGUUUAGCUACACGCGACCGAAAUGGAGGCCUAGUGGGAAUGGAAGACCUCAUCCAUAGUCUCCGAUCUCUUCGAAGUCUUCCAUCGCAAGCUCCAUUGACUGAAGAUCGAUCAGAACCGGACUCGACUACCAAGAAGAAGAUUCAAACGAAAAAGAACAAAUUGACUGAACUUCUCGAAGGCGAAGUGAGCGAAUCGGAUGUUGCGAGGGCGAUCAAAGCACUUGAGCCACUUGGAUCAGGAUACAAGAUCAUCAAUAUUGGAGAGAAAAAAUUCGUUAGAUCGGUGCCUGUUGAAUUAGAUAGUGAUUCCUUAGAAGUCUUCGACUCGAUUCUCUCCAGACCAGACGAUCGGGGAUAUACAACUCAUGCAGAUUUGGCUAAAGCAACAAGAUGGACAGUUGAUCGGACGCGUAACGCUAUUGAGAAAGCGAUGAUGACAGACGCUAUGUUGUGGGUUGACGAGCAGGCACCGGAAGGAGAUCGGUUCUAUGCGCCUGCUCUGUUCGUAUUUGAAAUAUCGAUAUCUUGA